AUGGACGCAUAUCUUGACAAUUGCCUAUCGAUCAACGAAAAUGACGAUGGGUACAAAGAGAAGACGAGAAUAGCGGAAGUCGCGGCUGCCACAUUGUGCAGACUGAAUAGCAUAAUGAGGCAAAUGAAGGACUGGCGUGACGAUCGCGUAAAGCUGAGAUCUAACAUUUGGCGACUAAAGCUGGCUCUGCGAGUCGCUGGUAAAGAAACAACCGAUACCCUGCACGCUGACCCAUUGAUCGAACAUCAAAGAGGGGAAAUCAAACGGCUGGAGGCGGAUAAUCAGGCUCUGAAGAAGGAAAUUGCCGAUAUUAAAGCAGCCAUUGUCGACGCGGAUUAUAUUAGCGACGAAACCGCUUACAAAUCCGACGAAAAGUUUAGCGAAGUUAAACAGGAGUAUCUCAUGGAACGGGAAUAUUUAAACAACGAGAUUCUGUAUCUGAAAAGUAGAUUGAAAGAGGUCGAAGACGGACACGAACAUGAUACAGAAGUUGAACACUUGAAAUGUAAAUUAAAGCACUUCAUGAUGGUCGAUCACACGAUGGAAAUUAUAUUUACCGACAUAGUUAACAAAGUUGCCGAGACUAUUGCUAAUUUGUCCGAGGAAUUGGUAAACACGAACGAGCACUUGAACAGAUCGAAAUUAAAAAAUAAUCGUCUGUAUGUAAAAGUUGACCGAUUGAAUGCAAUGCUGCGCUCCAGGAGCGGUAACAUCGUGGAUUACCAGAAAAGAAUUGUCGAAUUAAAUAAUCUGACAAAAUGUUUGAAAACGGAACUAGGUAAAUUGAAAACUAAUUUUGAACAUGAUUCUUGGUCUGCGGACUCUACUCCUGAAGGUAAUCUGGAUAACGUGGAACGAUUGACAAACGAUUUGAAGAACAAAUUAAAAAACGAUUAUGCAGCUCUGCUCGGAGCAGGUGAUUUGAAUUGUUGGAAAUAUUUUCAGACAAUUUUCGAACUACGCGUAAACUUGAAACAACUGCACGUUCAAUUGACCAAGUUGAAAGCUGAUUUUUCUUCUCGAUAUGAAAACUUGGUUGAGUCUUCUAAACAUAUGAAACAAUUGUCUGCUGUAGAAUCUACCUUGAAAGACAUUAACAUUGAGUUCGAUCGUUUGAAAGAUGAACAUGUAAGGAAGUAUUGUAGAAUCGGUGGUGCCGAUGGUAUACAAUAUUUAAGGAAAAUAGAAGAUCUUCAAACGAUCAUUGAACAGAUAAGAAGGACGAUCAACGAAUUGAAUCACCGUACGAAAUUCAAUUCGGACGAAGGAAAGGAAAUUGUGAAAUUGGACGACUUCGUUGGUCGAGUGUGUCAGGAAAUCAAACAGUUGGAAGUGAUUGUCAUAUCUAGCGAUCGUUCUGCUUUGCUGAAAAAGAUCGAGCAUCUAGAGGAGUCGAUUGUACGAUUAAAAGUCGAGUUGAGCGAAAAAGCCGAACGAGUAAAUACGUUAGCUACGGAGUUGUUCAACGUCGAGACGUUGACUGAAGAAAGAACGAAGGAAGCGACGGAUGCGAAAAGAAAAGUGGAUGUAUUAACGGAAGAAAAUAAAAUUUUAAAAACGAAAAUAAGAGAUAUGGAAGAAAAAGCAUUGGAACUUGAGCGUGAACACGAGGAUGUUAGGAAAGAGUUUGAACAACUGCAACAGGUGAAGCACGACACAAAUAUAACUAAAAAGAAAUUGCAAAACAUUCGGACUGAAAAGGAAAAGUUGUUGAAGGAAAAUGAGGAAUUGUGUGAUGCACUUGAGAAAAGAAAUGAAAAGAUUAAUGUUAUGGCUACUGAAAAACUCUCGGUGGAGAAAGCAUUAAAGACAAGGAUUACGGAUCUUACAAAGAAUUUUCAAACAGCUUCGAAGGAGAACGAAAGAUUGCAAAACAAAGUGAACGAACUUGAACAACUGAGGAGCAAACAACAUUCGCAAGAAAUGUCAGAGAACACCGAGAAUGAACUGCUGCGACUGAGAUCGAGCUUACAAGCAUCGAAAGAAGCUCGAGAUAUCGCGGGUCGUGAAAUCGCCGAACUAAAAGCUAGAUUGGACCAUUUUUCCAACGACAGGGCAAAGUUGGAAAUGGACGUUUGUCACUUAGAAUCGAAGAAAGAAAUACUUGUCUAUGAACUAGGCGUUGAAAAAGCAAUUGCCGAGGAAAGGCUUGUAGAACUGACGAAAUUAAAAUCAGACUAUAAUCGAUUGAACAACGAAAGAAUCGAUUUGAAGAAAGAAAAGGAACGAUUGAACGUAGAUUUGUCAAUUUUGGCAGCUACGAAGGAACAGUUGGAAAAGUCCGUGGAAAACGUUGAAAUCAGAUGCUCGAAACUUGAAGAUGAAACCGAUAAAUAUAGAUCAGAGUGCAGUGUUCUACGAGAGGAAGUAAAAAGCUUCAAGACCGGUAAAGAAAAUCUGGCUAUCAAGUUGGAAAAGGCUGAAGCAGAGCUGAACGAAGGCGAAUAUAAAAUAAGACGUUUGGAAUUCGAAAUUUCGAAGCUUCAGGACAAUUUGAACGACUUAAGUUUGAAGAAUAUCAGCCUUGAAGAUCGUGUGCAAGUGCUUCUGACGGAAAAGAAUGACCUCGUGACGCGUAUUAAUGAACUGGAUGGAAAGAACGUCGAGCUGAAAGAUCAGCUGAAUAAAGUUAAAACGGAGAACGAAUAUUCCUCCGUCGAAUUGAAUAAAUUGAGAGCGGAAUGUGACAGAGCGAAAUCGGAGAAUGCGUCCCUGCAGAAUAUGCUCGACGAGUCGAAUAGAAGCAACCAAGUGCUGAAGAAAAUGAGUGAGGAACUAAAACUAAAAUUGAACGAGGUCUACAGCGAGUGCAGGAUACUCGAAAAUCAGCUGAAAAUCUUGGAGAUCGGAAACACCGCGUUGAAAAGAGAAAAGGAAGCGUUGCAACACGAAUACAUGAACAGCCUACGAUUAAAUAUUCCUGAAAUCCAAAACGCAGAUUCCAAAGCGGAUAGCGAAAAGAUAUUGGAUGAAUGCGACGAGCAGGAUGUCGAUCGUUCAGGGAAGAAAAUUGUCAAUGAAACGAAGAAAAGUAAUAAAAAGUCUGACAAACGUACAAACGGUAAAAUGAAAUCGAAGGAGGAGUUGAAACGGGCAUUGGUAGAAAACGAAGCGUUGAAAUUUGAAAUAAUGAAUUUAAGGGAGCAGAAUUUCGAAGUCAAAAUGGAGAUGAGUCGCACGAAAGAUGAACUGCAAAGACAGAAAUCGAAAAGCAUGAAUGACAAUAAUGUAUCGAAUAAACUAGAAAUAGUGAAUCUUUAUUAUAAAGAGAUCAAUAGUUAUUCAGGGCAGCAAUUUGGUAAAAUGGACACAUUGGCACACAUCAAUCAGUCGGGUGUUUGUCCUUUCAUAGGAUCGACGAUUGAUCUACAAUCCGGAACUGAAAUCGAUAAAUUACUGGAAGUAAUAAACAAAUUGCAAAUCGAGAACGUUGCAUUGAAGAUGGAAGUAAACACUUUAAGAUGUAGCUUCGUCAUGAAUGUUACAGAGGACGAAAAGAGGUGGAACAAACUCCGAAAUACACGGGAAGAAAUUGGAGCACUGAAGGUAGAAUUGACGAAACUGAGAGACGAAAAGGAGUCUUUGCAGAAUCGGCUGGAUGCAGUUAGAACGAAAUUGGAUCAGGCGGAAUCUGAGAAGACCGCUUUGAAGAAUGAGCUUUAUGCCUUAAGGAAAACGAAUUCAGACUUUAUGCGUAAAGCAGAUGAAUUACAGUGCGAUUAUCAAAAGCUGAAGGGGAUACGCGAAGGACUUGACAGCUGCAUAAUGGAAUCGAUUAAAAAGAUUAAAAAAUAUACGACUUCAGGAAAUGUUGAAGAGAUAGACGAACAAUUGAAAGUUUUCUUGGAGUCAUAUAUUUUAAAUGGGAAAUUUAUACAAUUAAUUAAGGAAUGA